GGAGGGCAGCGCGGCCCCAGGUACCUAUCACACCAUUCUUUGGCGAAGGCUGCUCAGAAGUACACACCUUUUCCAAUCGAACAUUUGACAAAUUAUCAUCUCUGGACUUUAGGUGAUAGAUACCCUGCCAGAAGCAAGAGCUCCUAAGCCAACUGGAACUGUACCCUACACUCUUGUCAAGAGUUGCUUUUGUUUUUUUUCUUACAUAGAACGAAGAAAGAAAACGAAAGAUGAAGUUGGGCAAAGUGGAGUUCUGCCAUUUUUUGCAGCUUGUAGCUCUUUUCCUGUAUUUUUCUGGGAUGAGCCAAGCAGAACUCUCAAGGUCCAGCUCAAAACCCUAUUUCCAAUCAGGGAGGUCCCGGACCAAGCGCAGCUGGGUAUGGAAUCAGUUCUUUGUGCUGGAGGAGUACAUGGGUUCCGACCCCCUCUAUGUAGGAAAGCUUCACUCUGAUGUUGAUAAAGGAGAUGGGUCCAUCAAAUACAUCUUGUCAGGCGAAGGGGCAAGUUCCAUUUUCAUUAUUGAUGAGAACACUGGGGACAUCCAUGCCACCAAGAGGCUGGACCGGGAGGAGCAAGCCUACUACACGCUCCGAGCUCAAGCGCUGGACAGGCUCACCAACAAGCCAGUGGAGCCAGAGUCGGAGUUCGUCAUCAAAAUCCAGGAUAUCAAUGACAAUGAACCCAAAUUUCUGGAUGGACCAUACACUGCAGGAGUGCCCGAAAUGUCCCCUGUGGGGACCUCCGUGGUGCAGGUAACAGCGACAGAUGCGGAUGACCCUACGUACGGUAACAGCGCUCGAGUGGUCUACAGCAUUCUGCAAGGACAGCCAUACUUCUCCGUGGAACCAAAGACAGGAGUCAUCAAGACUGCCCUUCCCAACAUGGACAGAGAGGCUAAAGACCAGUAUUUGCUUGUUAUUCAGGCAAAGGAUAUGGUUGGUCAAAAUGGCGGACUGUCAGGCACCACGUCAGUCACCGUAACCCUCACUGAUGUCAACGACAACCCACCUCGUUUUCCACGAAGGUCUUACCAAUAUAACGUCCCGGAAUCUUUGCCCGCGGCAUCCGUCGUUGCCAGGAUAAAAGCUGCCGAUGCAGACAUCGGAGCUAAUGCGGAAAUGGAUUACAAAAUUGUGGAUGGUGAUGGAUUAGGGAUUUUCAAGAUUUCUGUUGACAAAGACACACAAGAAGGAAUCAUUACUAUACAGAAGGAACUGGAUUUCGAAACCAAAACUAGUUACACACUCAGGAUAGAAGCAGCAAACAAAGACGCUGACCCUCGCUUCCUGAGCUUGGGGCCAUUCAGCGACAUGACUACGGUGAAGAUAAUUGUGGAGGAUGUGGAUGAGCCCCCUGUGUUUUCCUCCCCUCUGUAUCCCAUGGAGGUGUCGGAAGCCACCCAAGUUGGGAAUAUUAUCGGCACCGUGGCAGCUCAUGACCCAGAUUCCUCCAACAGCCCAGUGAGGUAUUCAAUUGACAGAAACACAGACUUGGAGAGAUACUUUAAUAUUGAUGCCAACAGUGGAGUCAUUACAACUGCUAAAUCUCUGGAUCGAGAGACGAAUGCAAUACAUAACAUCACAGUGCUGGCUAUGGAGAGCCAGAAUCCAUCACAAGUAGGGAGAGGCUAUGUGGUCAUCACGAUUCUCGACAUCAAUGACAAUGCCCCUGAAUUCGCCAUGGACUAUGAGACGACUGUGUGUGAAAAUGCUCAGCCAGGGCAGGUCAUCCAGAAAAUCAGUGCUGUGGAUAAAGAUGAGCCAUCCAAUGGACACCAGUUCUACUUCAGCUUAAUGACUGACACAACAAACAACCACAACUUCUCACUGAAGGAUAACAAAGACAACACGGCCUCAAUCCUGACCAGGAGGAGUGGCUUCCGAAGACAGGAGCAGUCUGUGUACUAUCUGCCCAUUUUCAUAGUGGACAGCGGGUCCCCUUCACUCAGCAGCACCAACACCCUCACCAUCCGGGUGUGUGACUGUGAUGUGGACGGCAUCGCGCAGACAUGCAACGCAGAGGCCUACGUUCUCCCAGCAGGCCUCAGCACUGGGGCCCUGCUCGCCAUCCUGGCCUGUGUCUUGACAUUGUUGGUUUUGAUUCUCCUCAUUGUCACCAUGAGAAGGCGGAAAAAAGAGCCCCUGAUUUUUGAUGAAGAGAGGGACAUCCGAGAAAACAUUGUCCGGUACGAUGACGAGGGUGGCGGAGAGGAAGAUACAGAAGCUUUUGACAUGGCUGCGUUGAGAAACCUCAACGUCAUCAGAGACACCAAGACCCGGAGGGACGUGACUCCAGAAAUCCAGUUCUUGAGUCGACCCACAUUUAAAAGCAUCCCGGAUAAUGUCAUUUUUAGGGAAUUCAUUUGGGAAAGACUGAAGGAGGCCGACGUGGAUCCCUGCGCGCCCCCUUAUGAUUCUUUGCAGACAUAUGCCUUUGAAGGAAAUGGUUCAGUGGCUGAGUCACUCAGCUCCUUAGAUUCCAUCAGCUCAAACUCUGAUCAGAAUUAUGACUACCUCAGUGACUGGGGACCUCGCUUUAAACGACUUGCAGACAUGUAUGGGACUGGCCAGGAGAGUUUAUACUCAUAGCCUUGGAACUUUCCUUUGAAAUGUACUGAAGAAAACUCAAAAGC